AUGAUUAUUGCACAUACAGUCCAAAUUCUUUCGGACAUCGUGCUCACUGCCACCCCUUUGGUCAUUCUAUGGCGUGUCAAUCUGCCCUCACGCUCGAAACGUGUUAUCCGAGUUGCGUUUUCGGGAAGCAUCCUGAUGCUCCUCCUAUUUAUCGCCUGUUGCAUAGUUUCGUUCGACCCAGGACUCAUGUCAAAACCUAGCGCUGCUCUAAUCCCCCCCAUGAUUUCCCAAUUAGAGAUGGCGGUUUCCUUGAUAGUAUGCAAUUUCCUUGUCACGACGACUUUGUUGUACAAGGCGUGGCGUAAGCGAUUUGGACGUCCGCGUCCCGAAGGACAAUCAACGGAGGCCGAGGACUCCUCUGACGUCGAAGAGUCUUCUUCUCGGCCGGAUGAUACAGAACACUCCAGCCCGAGCGCGGCGGAGCCUAAAUCCACUCAGUCUCGGACGAUCAUCACAUUUACGGAUGUUAUGACGGACUCGGAAUUGUAUCAAGAAAUCUCUACAUCGACGAAGCCGGAGUCGGGUGGCAGUAAAUCCGGAUAA